AUGAAUUAGACACAAACGUGAUAUUUCAUCACAUACUUGAUGCUCUAACAAUAACUUCAUCUCUGCAUCUGCUGUUCCAAUUAUUUCUUUUUUCCUACGAAGAAUAAAUGAACCCCCAAACUGUGUUGCAUUCAUGAUGAUUAGCAAUUUUUCAGUCAAUUUUCUCCCUCUUAUUUCCAUUUUUCCAAGACUUUAGGCUCAUAAUCCCUUUUUUGAGUGAAUACGUUUGUUUCUGUGACUAAAGCUCAGUGAGCAUUACUAGCCUACAUUUAAUGUUCCCUUUAUAAAAACAUCUCUAUCUAUAACCAUGAGAUACUUGAAAAGUUUUCCUCUCAUAUAUAAAGGAGUGCUUUUAUGCAUCUUUUAUGCAUCUUAUGUCCUGUCUCAUGCUUGAUCUACUGCUGCUUCUGAAACGGCUCUAUUUUCAGAGCUGGUCACUUAUUCUGUGGAUGUGGUAAGAUGGCUUUCUAAGUUCGAAGGAUGAUUUAACAGGGGAAAAAGUCAUAAGCAAGGAUGCAGUGUGUCUGUAAUGCUGUGUUUGGGCUUUUCGCUUCCACUGGACUGCAGGUUACACUGUGCUGCCUGUAGGUUGGUCUAAAGAGAGAUGGUCAGACAUUUGCUGUUUGGAAUACUAGUAGGAAAACCAAAAUUCUUAUUGACUCAGAUUUUCUGUUAUUAAGUCUGAGAAUACAGAGCUACAGAAAAAUGUAACAGAGAAAUUUUUCAUAACAAGUGUAAGAGUUUAAUUACAUUUACAUGAAUAGAACAAAGUGUUUUACUUAUUUCAAAGUGGUCUAAUCUUAGAAUUUUUCCUAUGACAAAACUCCCAAAUGAGCCACUCCCUUUUCUUGUCGUUAGAAUUAAGAUGGUUUGUUUCCAAACUACAAAAAACUAGUCAUAAGGAAACAUACACUUUAAAUCAUCUGAAUGGGUCUACUACGUUUCUAGGAUCAGGAACAAAAGGUGGUGACAGCCCGUUCUGAGAAGAGAUUCCUGUAAGACUAUUUUACAUAAUUAAUCAGAGAAGAUAAGCAAUUCAGGCAACCAGAGAAUGUGUGCAAAUGUGUUACAAAUGUUCUCUUUGUAGGGAAGAGAAUUGUAGAGAAGUUUUUUGCUUGGAUUGUGUUGCUCUGGCGUGCUACAUAUGGCCAUACGUUCUGAUGACUGUUCUCUUCGCUUUGCCAGUAGCAAGAACCUUAAAUGAACCAGGCGAUUGUAAGGAAGCACGAGGAGUACUGUAGCAGUGAUGUAAAAACUUUGUGCUUCCAUUCUCACGCCCACAAAAAAAUAAAUAAAUAAUAAUAAAAAGCAUUUGCUGGAAUUGUGCUGAUCCAAAGCAGGCAGGAAAUGUAUGGAAGGAGAAGGAAAGCACAUAUUGAGAUUUCCUGGUUGUACUUCCUUUUUCUGUGGAAAUAUGUCACUUGCAGCUAUUAUGAGUCAUGACAAUGCAAGAUCAUGAGGCGAACAUUGGAGGAGAAGGGGCACAAUUUUUUCCUGUGGUGAUUUAUAGCUACCAGUAACCUUCCACAGUGGUUGCCUUAUCAACUUAUUAUUUUGACAUCUGCUCUUGUUAGUAAACAGAAGUGAACUAACACAGAGCUAAGUACUCCUAAUCUCAAGAGAGAGGCGUCGUACAGUAUGUUCUGUACAAAACUGAAAGACUUGAAGAUCACAGGAGAAUGUCCUUUCUCCUUACUGACUCAAGGUCACAUUACAGAGGAACAUGACAAGGACUGCACAGAAAACAGCUCUAGAGCAGCUUUGCCCAUCUGCAAAGAAGUCCAUGAAAAAGAUGGUCAAGGAAACCUUCCACAACGGAAAACGAGCAGAAGUAGAGUGUACUUGCACACACUGACUGAAAGCAUCUGCAAACUAAUCUUUCCUGAGUUUGAAAGGCUAAAUCUUGCACUGCAGAGAACACUUGCAAAACACAGAAUAAAAGAAACCAGAAAAACUGGUGAUAGAGAAGAUUUUGAAAAAAUAAUCAGUGAUCAUGCUAAUGCAGCAGGUGUUCCCGUGGAGUCUCUACGGGAAUCUCUUGGUGAAGAGCUAUUCAAAAUAUGCUAUGAAGAGGAUGAACACAUAUUAGGGGUUAUUGGAGGCACCCUUAAGGACUUCUUGAAUAGUUUCACUACUCUGCUGAAGCAGAGUAGCCACAGCCAAGAAGCAGGAAAAAAGGACAGACUUGAAGAUGCCUCCAUAUUAUGCCUGGAGAAAGAUCAGGACUUCUUAAAUGUUUAUUAUUUCUUUCCUAAGAAAAUCACAAGUCUUAUUCUACCUGGUAUUAUUAAAGCAGCAGCUCAUAUUUUGUAUGAAACUGAGGUGGAAGUGAUGCUCAUGCCUCCUUGUUUCCAUAAUGACUGCACUGAGUUUGCUAAUCAGCCUUAUUUGAUGUAUUCUAUACAAGUCAAAAGUGCAAAACCUUCCUUAUCUCCAUGUAAGCCACAGUCUUCACUUGUGAUUCCUGCCUCUGUGUUCUGUAAGACUUUCCCAUUUCAUUUUAUGUUUGACAAGGAUAUGUCAGUUCUUCAAAUUGGAAAUGGGAUAAGAAGACUUUUGACCAGGAGAGAAUUUCAAGCUAAGCCAAAUUUUGAAGAGUAUUUUGAAAUUCUUACCCCCAAAGUAAGCUGCACUUUCAGUGGAAUAAUGACAAUGCUAAAUAUGCAGUUUACGGUACGAGUUAGAAGAUGGGAUAAUACUGAUAUGAAACCGUCCAUGGUAAUGGAUCUUAAAGGCCAAAUGAUCUAUAUUUUUGAAUCCAGUGCCAUUCUAUUCUUGGGAUCUCCCUGUGUGGACAGACUAGAAGAUUUUACAGGACGUGGAUUGUACCUCUCCGAUAUUCCCAUUCACAAUGCUCUAAGAGAUGUUGUUCUGAUAGGAGAGCAGGCCAGAGCCCAGGAUGGACUGAAGAAGAGGUUAGGAAAGCUAAAAGCAACCCUUGAGCAGGCCCAUCAAGCACUUGAAGAAGAGAAGAAGAAGACUGUAGACCUUCUGUUUUCAAUUUUUCCUGGAGAGGUUGCUCAGCAGCUGUGGCAGGGACAAGUUGUACAAGCCAAGAAAUUUAAUAAUGUCACAAUGCUUUUUUCUGACAUUGUUGGAUUCACUGCCAUCUGUUCCCAAUGCUCACCUAUGCAGGUUAUCACCAUGCUUAAUGAGCUUUAUACUCGCUUCGAUUACCAAUGUGGAGAACUAGAUGUCUACAAGGUUGAGACUAUUGGAGAUGCCUACUGUGUUGCUGGAGGCUUACACAAAGAAAGUGAAACGCAUGCUGUUCAAAUAGCACUGAUGGCCCUGAAGAUGAUGGAACUGUCAGACGAGGUGGUGUCUCCCCAUGGAGAGCCUAUCAAGAUGCGUAUUGGCCUUCAUUCUGGAUCCGUCUUUGCUGGAGUUGUUGGGGUUAAAAUGCCUCGUUAUUGCCUUUUUGGAAAUAAUGUAACCCUUGCCAAUAAGUUUGAAUCUUGUAGUAUACCUAGAAAAAUAAAUGUCAGUCCAACAACUUACAGGUUGUUAAAGGAAUACCCAGGUUUUGUGUUCACACCGCGCUCAAGAGAGGAGCUUCCACCAAAUUUUCCGAGUGAUAUCCCUGGAAUUUGCUAUUUUCUGGAUGCUUAUAUUCAAGAAACAAACUCACAGACUUGGUUUCAAAAGAGAGAUUUGGGAGAUGGCAAUGCCAAUUUUUUUGGUGAGGAAACAGGAAUAGACUAAAUUAUACAUUCACAAAUGUAUAGAAUAAAUCUAUAAAUAUUUGGAUUUUUUUUUUUUUUUGUAUAAAUUGAAAAUUUUUAAAACUGUAUGAAACAUGAAAGCACUUUAGAUUGUUAACACCUGAAAGCCAGUAUUAAAAUUUCAGGAAGUA